AAACGUAGCUGCGCUUAUCUUGCCAGUCUUUGUGAUUCAGCGUACUUGCGUUAAGUCUUCCAGACUUUUUCCUUCAGUGCACUUUUUCCCUCCUCCUGGGGGCGGGUCUAAAGUAAUAAAGGAUCAAAAUACGGUACAUUUUCUAGUACAGCACGGUCACGGCGUUCGCAACGUAGAGAAUCGCAGCUCUUCACUUUUCUGAUCGGUUUAUUUGAUUUAAUCCUUCGGCGUUUAGAUUUCAGAAGGACCCAUUGGAACGAGCCACCGAAAGCCUUUUCUCUUAAAUCUCCGGCGAAUUAUAGUGGUAGACAUGAAAAUCAUCAUACUGCUUUUAGUUGCAUCUGUGUAUGCUGAGUCGGUGAGGGAGACUGAGACAUGGAUUCCCAAGCCGAAACCUGAGGAUCUUCAGGAGAUGCUAGUCUCAUCCGGUGACUCCUCCAUUGCUCCAGACUUCACACCUGACCUGGAUCUUGCUUUUGAUAUUGAUAAUGAAGAUGAUGAGGACUAUGGCAUCUCUGGCUCUGGAGAUGAAGAAGAUCCAUGGAGCAGCAGCAUCAUUCCCACAACUAAGCCCGACGUGAACGACAACAAGAUUCCAGAUGAAGACCAGCCGAAUAGGUCUAGGGUCCCGGUCAACGACGAUGAGCUUGUAAAGAACAAUGAGGUUGCUCUGCUGGCUUCGGCGGACCGGGAGGGCCAAAUGCCGAAUAUACUGAUGGCCCAUGCAAAUGACGACAUCUUCAAGAAGACCGAGGUUGUAGCAGCUCUGAUUGCUGGCGGCUCAGUCGGAUUGGUCAUCGCCGGCCUUCUCAUUCUGUUGCUCUUCUACCGCUUGAAGAAGAAGGACGAAGGGACCUAUGAUCUUGGAAAGAGGCCCAUUUACAAGAAGGCUCCCACCACUGAGAUCUACGCUUAGGGUUGCAUUGGAGUCGUGCGAGACGGUGCCUUCAAAACACAACCUCUCUACUACCUGCCUUCUCUAAAUCACCGACAGCCUACUGGUCCAAGAGGGAAAAACUUCAGAUCAAUCACUGGUUUUCUUUUUUGAAAUCUGAAGUUUUCAGAAUUCACAAUCCAUAAAUAAAGAUGAGCGAAUGGGACGUUUUCCCUUCACAAGAUGUGUGGUACAGAGAUUUCCGCAUUUUUCUGCCCAGCCUUAAUCUGAACUAUCGAGACGUAACAGUCUCUUCUUUUAACACUACAUCAUCCUUGCAUGUAGAGCUUGGCAUAUCUUUGUUUUCAUUUAAAUCAUGGUGCACCCUCUUAUCUGACGCUCAGCCAUCUUAAUUAUAUGGAAACUGGUGCUACGGGGGACAGUUGGAUGACUAUCUUAGUUGCAGUAAAUAAAGUUGAGCCAAUCAGACAGCCUAAUGCAUGGGUUUGGGUUUGAGUUGACUUGACCUAAUCCUUCUUUCCCAGAGAUCCUGUUCCAUUCCAACAGCCAAGCUCAUGUUACUGGGCAAAACCUUUUUAUUUUAUUUUUUCUUUUAAUGAUGUCAGGGUAUAUGUGUCCAUUUUGUACUGUUACAUUUGUAAAUUGAUUUUAAAUUGUAUGGAUCAUAAUGUUUUGACUCCCACUACAAUAUUUCAAAUGAGUUCAAAUUCAUUGUAAAUGUAUAGCCACUUGUAAAUUAAUCUAUGCCAGUUUUCUACUUACUAAAUAUUUAAAUACCAAAAUAUUAUUUUUAAAGUUCCCAGUGUCAUGUUUCUUUCCAGUUAAAGAAUCUUUUAACAUCAGAAAAGAUUUGCUAGAAACUACCAAUGCCAGUAAUAGUUGCCAAUACUAACUACUUUUAAAAUGUUUUUAUUUUGUGUUUUAGUAGAAUUUAUUUAUCUGUCAAAUAUUGCUUUUCAGGUUGGGAUGGCUUCCCUUUAAGCUGUUGAUGGUUUUUUUUUUUUUUUUUUUAAUGUACACAAGUUUAAAUUUCCGAAGCAAAACCGCUGCUGUUUCUUAUUCAUAUGCGGCGCAUUUAUUUUUGUAGAAGGAAAGUAAAAGUUCAGGGCUGCUUCGUACUGGAGCCGUGUCACUUGCAAGGAGGAAAAAAUUAUAUAUCUGCUGCUUUUAAGUGUUUUUUUUUGUCUACAGUAGAUGUGAAUCUCUCCUCUAGAGAAGUCAAUGAAUCAUUGAUUUCAUAUAACAGGUUCUGAUCUCUUUAAAGCAUUUUAUGCUUUUUUUUUUCUUAUAAAUUAUUUGAAUUUUCUUCAUGCUCAGUGGCUGGUGUUUUUAUCUGCAAGUGUUAAAUGGAAUAAUCUUAAAAUCUGUCUCACAAGACCGAUUUUUAUUUUAUUUUUUUUAAGUAAUUGGUUGUUACGUAUUGUAUGGGGGAGUUGGCCUCCCCUUAAGUUUUAUUGCCCCCCAUGGGUCUCGUUUUAUGGUGGACUGCCUAUAUUGCUAAUAAAUACCCACAGAGCUCUUGGUGGUGGGGGAGCGGGUGUGAAUCCCUAAUUGCAAGGGGGCGAUCAAAAGGUGCAAAAUGUCGUCUGUAUAAUGCUGAUAGUUGUGUCUUUGUUGGGGGCAGCAUGAUUCGGUCAGUGUGGUACACAGUACUUACAGAAAUCCUAUUCCUACGAGUCUCCUGUGCCACUGACUAGCUGGUCAGUGCGUUCUACGCCAAUUUUGGCGUGUGCUGUAUUUUUAAAUAACUAUCGCCGCUGGUCCAGUAUCUCAUCCUCCCUGGAGUGGGUUCGGUUUUCCGUUUCUGAAUGAGUCGAGGCCCUUUGCCAAAAUGUGGUUUUGCGGGGGUGGAAUAAUGUCUUCAGUGAGACAAGCUUUCUGACAACUAUGGUAGAUUGAAAAUAAAAAAACACUGCAGUAAUCGUUUGCACGGUAAAUGGUCUAUAAAAACACCUUGUGCUGUCAUGUACUUGUCUGCUCACUGAUUGAAUUAAAACUUAUAUUUUGUAAUUUCAUAUUUACCAUUUGAUACUGGCAUAUCUAAGCUUUGCAUUGUCUGUGAAGCCACAUCGUCGCCUCAGCUGAGAGAAAAAAGGCGUUAAUGUGAGAUGCAGCGUGUCCUGCCUCACAGCGUGACCAGCGAGGUAACUUUUGUACAUACUGAAAUCUUUAUUCUGUUCUCUUGUUGAUUUUAUUAAAUAAUUGAGGGAAAAAAUG